AUGUGUCUCUGGAGCAAGAACACCACAGAAAAUCAGGGAACCACUGCGGAUCAUGCAGUUAAGGAAGGCUCGUACACAGUGAAAUCAGAAACAUCAUCUGUUCCAAGUCUCUGGAGCAAGAACGCCAUAGAAAACGUGGGAACCACAGCGGAUCAUACAGGUACGGAGGGCUCGCACACAUCGAUAUCGGAAACAUCAACUGUUCGAAGUCUCUGGAGCAAGAACGCCACACAAAAUGUGGGAACCACUGCGGAUCAUAGAGUUACGGAAGGCUCGUACACAUCGAUAUCAGAAACAUCAUCUGUUCCAAGUAUCAGGAGCAAAAACGCCACAGAAAAUGUGCGAACCACUGCGGAUCAUGCAGUUACGGAAGGCUCGUACACAUCGAUACCGGAAAAAUCAUCUGUUCCAAGUCUCUGGAGCAAGAACACCACAGAAAAUGUGGGAACCACUGCGGAUCAUGCAGUUACGGAAGGCUCGUACACAUCGACAUCAGGAACAUCAUCUAUCUCAAGUUUCUUGAACGAUAACCCGACGAAAAAUGUUGGAAGCACUGCGGAUCAUGCAAUUACGGAAGGCUCGUACACAUCGAUAUCAGAAACAUCAUCUGUUCCAAGUCACUGGAGCGAGAAUGCCAGAGAACAUACGGGAAUCACUGUUGAUCAUACAGUUACAGAAGGCUCGUACACACCGAUAUCAGAAACGUCAUCUGUUCCAAGUCUCUGGAGGAAGAACGCCACAGAAAAUGCGGAAACCACUGCGGAUCAUGCAGUUACGGAAGGCUCAUACACAUCGAUAUCGGAAACAUCAUCUGUUCCAAGUCUCUGGAGCAAGAACACCACAGAAAAUGUGGGAACCACUGCGGAUCAUGUAGUUACGAAAGGCUCGUACACAUCGACAUCAGGAACAUCAUCUGUCCCAAGUUUCUUGAACGAUGACCCGAGGAAAAAUGUGGGAACCACUGCUGAUGAUACAGUUACCGAAGGCUCGUACACAUCGAUAUCAGAAACAUCAUCUGUUCCAAGUCACUGGAGCCAGAACGCCAGAGAACAUACGGGAAUCACUGUUGAUCAUACAGUUACAGAAGGCUCGUACACACCGAUAUCAGAAACGUCAUCAGUUCCAAGUCUCUGGAGGAAGAACGCCACAGAAAAUGUGGGAACCACUGCGGAUCAUACUGUUACGGAAAGCUCGUACACAGUGAAAUCAGAAACAUCAUCUGUUCCAAGUCUCUGGAGCAAGAACGCCGCAGAAAACGUGGGAACCACUGCGGAUCAUACAGUUACAGAGGGCUCGCACACAUUGAUAUCCGAAGCAUCAUCUGUUCCAAGUCUCUGGAGCAAGUACGCUACAGAAAAUGUGGGGACCACUGCGCAUCAUGCAGUUACAGAAGGCUCGUACACAUCGAUAUCAGAAACAUCAUCUGUGCCUAGUCUCUGGAGGAAGAACGCCACAGAAAAUGUGGGAACCAGUGCGGAUCAUGCAGUUACGGAAGGCUCUUACACUUCAAUAUCAGGAACAUCAUCGGUCCGAAGUUUCGUGAGCGAGAACGCCACAGAAAAUGUGGGAACCACUGCGGAUCGUGCAGUUACGGAAGGCUCAUACACAGCGAUAUCAGAAAUAUCAUCUGUUUCAAGUCUAUGGAGCAAGAACCCCAGAGAAAAUGUGGGAACCACUGCGGAUCAUACAGUUACGGAAGGCUCGUACACGUCGAUAUCAGAAACAUCAUCUGUUCCAAGUCCCUGGAGCAAGAACGCUACAGAAAAUGUGGGAACCACUGCGGAUCAUGCAGUUACAGAAGGCUUGUACACACCGAUAUCAGAAACAUCAUCUGUCCCAAGUCUCUGGAGCGAGAAUGCCACAGAAAGUGUGGUAACCACUGUUGAUAAUACAUUUACAGAAGGCUCGUACACAUCGAUAUCAAAAACAUCAUCUGUCCCAAGUCUCCGGAACGAGAACGCCACAGAAAAUGUGGCAACCACUGUUGAUAAUACAGUUACAGAAGGCUCGUACGCACCGAUAUCAGAAACAUCAUCUGUUCCCAGCCUCUGGAGCGCGUACGCUACUGCAGAACUGGGAACCACUGCUGAUCAUAGAGUUACAGAAGGGUCGGACACAUCAAUACCAGGAACAUCACCCGCCCCAAGUCUCUUGAGGGAAAACGCCGCUGUAGAUUUGGGAACCAGUGCUAGUCAAACAGGUACUGAAGACUCCUACACAUCAAUGUCAGAAACAUUUUCUGUCCCAAGUUUCUGGAGGGAGAAUGCCACUGAAAAUUUUGGAAUCACUUCUGAUCAAGCAGUUAGAGAAGGUUCGUUCACAUCUUUAUCAGGAACACCGUCCACCCAAAAUUUCUGGAUGGAGAACACCACUGAACAGUUGGGAAGCACUGCUUAUCAAAGAGUUACAGAGGGCUCGUACACAUCAAUAUCAGAGUCAUCGUCUCUUGGAAUGCCCUGGACGCUGAACACAGCUGAAAAAAUCGGCGCAGCGGUUGAUCCCACAUUUACGGAGAACCCGUAUUUACCGAAAACGCAUGCAUCCCAUGGCUCAAAUUCUUCGAUGGAGAACAGAAGUGAAGAAACGGCAGCCACUGUUCAUCAAACAAAUUCAAAAAGGUCAUACUCACCAAUAACAGAAACAUCGUUUGUCGCUAAUUCCUGGACGGAGAACACGACUGAUGGAAUUGGAAUGACUGUUGAUCGAAUAUCUAGUGGAGGCGUGUACCCAUCGGUUUCAGAAACAUCGUCCGUUCCGAUCUCCUUGUGGGAAUAUCGAAAUAGAGAAAUUGGAGCGACUUCUAUUGCAGGGUUAGCAAGUACGCCUCCUACUUCCCAGAGACACACGACUUUGUAUACUGCUCCUACAACACAGAAUGGACUGGUUGCGACUGUUGGAUCGCAGACGGAAUCGCCAAACGCUCUUCCAGUUUCCGUUUCAGAUGUGGGGUUGGUGACCCCUCAUGUCUUGAUCACACCUGAAAAGCAAUGUGAAAACAAUUCAGCGCGCACACUGCCACAUGAGUCGGAUGGGGAAUUUUAUUACCGAUGCUACCAUGGAAUGGCUCUUCUUCGUAAAUGCACAAGAGGUCUGCUAUUUAAUUCUACCACUGGAAAAUGCAGCAAGCCUUCUUCAAACGGCUAUGAUAGUGCAUCAGCGAAAGCAUCCCCGAUGAGCCUACAUGUCCUCAAGCUCCUCGACAAAGUGGCGUCCGGUGAAAUGCGACUGGGUGACCAGGAUAGAGUGGGCGUGGAUGUGAACUUGAAGUUUAAUGUCGGUGGGAAGAAGUGACUGGCUUCUAGUUUGCUAAAAUAAAGUCAAUUUAGGCAUCGUUAAGGGUGCCAUAAAUUCACUGUAAUGCUCGUUUUUAGCUGUUUUUUGAACUAAAAUAAGUAACGCGACUUGCACCCGCUUGGUAGAAUUUAUAUGGAAUAAAUAGUUUC